GUGCCGAGUUUACUUCUGCGCGCGUUGGGGUUGGUGGCGGCGGCUGCGGCGAGUUCCUCAGGGGCGCCUGCGGGGGGCGUCCGCUCCGAGCGCCGAGGGGCCGAGCGGUGGAGGCGUCCCAGGGACACGCAAGGGAGGCCAGCCGGCCUGCACGGGGCGCUCCCGCCUCGGGGGCCCUGUCUGGCGCCUCAGCGCACGCCCCAAUGGUCACCUGCGCCCACCUGGGUCGGCGCGCGCGGCUCCCGGCAGCUCAGCCCUCUGCCUGCCCAGGAACCUGCUUUUCCCAAGAGGAGAGAAUGGCUGCUGGGUACCUGCCCCGCUGGUCCCAGGAAUUAGUAACCUUUGAGGACGUGUCCGUGGACUUCUCCCAGGAGGAGUGGGAGUUGCUGGAGCCUGCUCAGAAGAACCUGUACAGAGAGGUGAUGCUGGAGAACUACAGGAACGUGGUCUCCCUGGAAGGCUUGAAGAACCAAUGUACUGAUGUGGGUAUUAAAGAGGGUCCACUUUCCCCAGCACAAACCUCACAAGUCACUAGUCUUUCCUCAUGGACGGGGUAUUUACUUUUUCAACCAGUGGCUUCUUCCCACUUGGAGCAAAGAGAAGCCCUGUGGAUGGAGGAAAAAGGAACUCCUCAAGCCUCCUGUUCAGAUUGGAUGACUGUACUAAGAAACCAAGACUCAACUUACAAGAAGGUGGCUUUGCAGGAGGAACCAGCCAGUGGUAUAAAUAUGAUAAAGCUUAUCAGAGAAGAUGGGGGAUGGAAGCAAUUAGAGGACAGCCAUGAAGACCCCCAGGGGCUUUUGAGCCAAAAGGCAUCCCUUCACGUAGUGGCCGUUCCUCAGGAGAAGGCUACUGCAUGGCAUGGAUUUGGGGAAAAUGGUAAUCUGAGCCCAGCCCUUGUUUUAUCACAGGGAAGCUCUAAAGGGAACCAGUUGUGUGGCAGCGAGUUAGAUAUUACAAGCUUGGCAUCCGAUCCAGUCUUAAGCCACCAUCAGCUGGGAUAUGCAGAUCGGAGACCCUGUGAAAGUAAUGAAUGUGGAAAUGCCAUCCGCCAGAACAGUCACUUUAUUCAACACGGGGGGAAGAUGUUUGUGUAUUUGGAAAAUGGGCAGUCAUUGAACCACGGUAUGGCCCUGACUAUCCACAACAAAAUCAACAUGGCAGAGAAACCCUUUGAGUGCCACCAGUGCGGGAAGGUGUUCAACCGGAGGCAUUCUUUGAGCGAACAUCAAAGAAUUCACACGGGGGAGAAACCCUACGAGUGUCAGGAGUGUGGGCGAGCCUUUACGCACAGCUCCACCCUCACGCGCCAUCUGAGAACUCAUACUGGAGAGAAGCCCUACGCGUGCGGCGAGUGCGGGAAAGCCUUCAACAGGAUCUCAUCGCUGACUCAGCAUCAGAGGAUUCACACCGGGGAAAAGCCCUAUAAAUGUGAAGACUGUGGGAAAUCCUUCUGCCAGAGCUCUUACCUGAUCUUGCACAAGAGGACACACACCGGAGAGAAGCCCUACGAAUGCAGUGAAUGUGGAAAGGCCUUCAGCGACCGUUCCUCUCUCAACCAGCACGAGCGAACUCACACGGGCGAGAACCCCUAUGAAUGUAAGCAGUGUGGGAGAGCCUUCAGCCAGAGGUCUUCCCUUGUGAGGCACGAGAGAACUCACACUGGAGAGAAACCCUACAGGUGUCAGGAAUGUGGGAAAGCCUUCAGCCAGAGCUCAUCCCUUGUCACACAUCAGAAAACUCACAGCAGCCAGAAAACCUAUAAAAUUAUUGAUUGUGGGAAAGCGUUCUACCAGAACAGACAUCUUAUUGGAUGUUAGCAAUUGCACGCUGCUUUGUAAGCCACUUUUUAGUACUCUGACACAUACAUGUGGUUAUCUUUUGCCCUGGUGUGAUGGAUAAUUUGAAAAGAAGUGGGUUUAUGUCACCUUCUCACCUUCUUGUAAGAAAGCUCUGAGAAUGGGCAUUUUUAUAUUUUGUUGUUGUUGAGAUGGAGUCUGCCACCCAGGCUGGAGUGCAGUGGCGUGAUCAUACCUCACUGCAGCUUCAGCUUCCUGGGCUCAAGUAAUCCUCCCACCCCAGCCUCCCAGGUAGCUAGUACUAUAGGUGUGCACCGCCAUGCCCAGCAAAUUUUUAAAUUUAUUAUAGAGUGGGAGGCAGGGUGCGGUGGCUCAUGCCUGUAAUCCUAACACUUUAGGAGGCUGAGGCGGGUGGAUCAUGAGGUCAGGAGAUCGAGACCAUCCUGGCUAACACAGUGAAACCCUGUCUCUACUAAAAAUACAAAAAAGUAGCCGGGCGUGGUGGCAGGCACCUGGAGUCCCAACUACUCAGGAGGCUGAGGCAGGAGAAUGGUGUGAACCUGGGAGGUGGAGCUUGCAGUGAGCCGAGAUUGCACCACUGCACUCCAGCAUGGGCGACAGAGCGAGACUCCGUCUCCAAAAAAAAAAAAAAAAUUAUAGAGUUGGGGUCUUGCUACAUUGCCAAGACUGGUCUUGAACUCCUGGGGUCAAGCAUCCUCCUGUCUUGGCCUCCCAAAGUGUUGGGAUUAGAAGCAUGAGCCGCUGUGCCCAGCCUGAUGGGGCCUUUUAGUGGGAGGAGUUGCCAUUACACUAUGUCCAGUAAGCUCCAGACUUUCGGAAAAGAUUGGUGGACGGGAAUGCUAUCAUGGAUGGGAUCUUGCCAAGAACCAUCACCUGUUAAUUUAGUUGCUUAAACAAAAGGUGUUCUGUUUCUUAACUA